AUGGACGCGUCGUCAUAUCGUCGCUCGGCGGCUGCUCGUGCAUCAGAUACCGCUGCGGUUGAAGACGAACUGGCAUGGAAUGGCCUAGUCACAUACGACCACUGCGAAUCGCUGUCGUUCGUGUGUCCAGGACCAGGCUGUGAAAACAUCAUCAACAUUAGGAGAGCCGUUGAAAACCAUGAGUCAUCGGUACGUCUUUCCCUGGAAACAUGUGAGAAGUGCAAUGUGGGUAAAAAUGUUUGGGGGGGAAACAUUGGCGCACUAUUCUGCCUACAUCCACAACCGACUCAACAUCGCAUUGAGAGAUUAUGUUGCAAAGCAUCUUAUGGCUCCUUUCAAAACACAGUUGUCUUAACAACUGUCUACCAAUUUGAUUACAGAUGCGACGAUCCAGUAUGUGAAUUCAGCACAAGGACGCAUUUCCUGAGAUGGUCUCGGGAGGGGCUGGAGUGCCCAAAAUGUUCUGGAGGCGUGCUACGAAAAGAGUACUCAGCGAAGGAUUUGUUUGAUCAGCAGAUGUUCUGGAAGCAAGUCGUUGAUGUGCAUAAAGCAAUAAAGGAGCUGAAGCCGGAACAGCAAAGGAUUCUUCAAACCAAACCAAGCUUCCCAUCUGUGAUAUCUCUUUACAAUGAACUUUUAGCACUAAUCACUGAAUAUAUAGACAAGAAUGCGUAUAGCAAGGUUGAUCUUGCUUUUCUAUUCGCACCAAUGCUGAAGAUAGAAUAA